AACAAUAAACUUCCUGCUAAAAGUAAUAAAUCCAACAUGCAGUGGACUCUAAAAGAAGCUGUCAUCUUGUAAUGGAAAAGUAUGGAGCUGACCAUGACAUUGCUAUGGAAGGAUCUAAUGAUUUGUUCAUAGGGAACUGUAAUAGUACAGGAGAGUCAGAAACAAAUGAUCGGGUUUUUCAGCAUCUAACCUGCAUGGAUUCCAGGGAUCCAUUGUUUGGACAGAGUGACUCUCCAGCAGCCUUGCCCAUCACAGUACGCCUCUCGGGCAGUUCUCCAUCAUCGGCUGCACCCGCGCGGCCACCCCAGCCGCAGCCUCACUCUGCAGAGGAGUUCCAACUGGUAGACCAAACCGGGCAGCCUGUCUAUGAGCUGCAGCCCCUAGGAGGGCCCAGUGCGCCGAUGAUGAUUGUUGCCAGCCAGUCAGAAAAUGGACAGGUGCUGCAUGUCAUUCCUUCUGCCCAGUCAGGAGUGGCCCAAGUGAUUAUUCCUCAAGGUCAGCUUCUGGAUGUGACCAGCACGCAGGAUAUUUCGGAAGAGAAGCGUGGUGAUGGGAACUUGCAGACUGUGGCGGUGGCUGCUAUAGCAGACAGUGCAAGCAGUUACAUUCUACAUCCCCAGGCAUCUCUCACCAUAUCAAAAAAAACAACCACCAGGGUAGUGGAGGAUCCCUUUCCCAUCCCUCUCCAGCCAUUGCCGCCAAAUACGCCCGCAUGGGCGCGCCGUCUCAGGAACUGUGAGAAAAUUGGGGACUCGUACCGCGGCUAUUGUGUGAGCGAGACAGAAUUAGAGAGCGUUCUAACGCUACACAAGCAGCAAACACAAAGUGUGUGGGGGACACGCCAGUCUCCAAGCCCAGCCAAACCCGCCACACGGUUGAUGUGGAAAUCUCAGUAUGUCCCAUAUGAUGGGAUCCCCUUUGUCAAUGCAGGAAGCAGAGCCAUUGUAAUGGAGUGCCAAUAUGGGCCAAGGAGGAAAGGGUUCCAGCCCAAAAAAGCUGGUGAGCAGGAAAGCACCUCUGGCCAUCUGUACAAAGCCACUUGUCCAGCAAGGAUCUACAUUAAAAAGGUUCAAAAGUUUCCGGAAUAUAGGGUUCCUACUGACCCUAAAAUUGACAAGAAAAUCAUAAGAAUGGAGCAGGAGAAAGCAUUCAACAUGCUGAAGAAGAACUUGAUAGAUGCUGGCGGUGUCCUCAGGUGGUAUGUACAGUUACCCACUCAGCAAGCCCACCAAUAUCAUGAAAUGGAAACUUCCUGCCUCCCUUCUUCACCCUCCCAUUUUCCUCUGUCUCCUCCUGAGGAGGAGGAGGAAGUUGUUAGAGACGAGAACUGUACUCUGCCUUCCCGACUUCAUCCUCAAGUGGCAGACAAGAUCCGAGAACUGGUGUCUCAGGGAAUAGAGCAGGUCUAUGCAGUGAGGAAGCAACUAAGAAAGUAUGUGGAAAGAGAAUUAUUCAAGCCUGAUGAAGUGCCAGAAAGACAUAACCUGUCCUUCUUCCCCACUGUGAAUGACAUCAAGAACCACAUUCAUGAAGUGCAGAAGUCUCUGAGGAAUGGCGAGAUGGUGUAUAAUUCAGAAAGUAUCCCAGCAACAUUGCAGUGGGCCACAGACAGUGGGAAUGUUCUGACAGAAACAGUGACUGUUACGUUUGCCUCACCACCUUCAGAUGGGAGCUCAGCAGGGGAGUCAGUCAUCACCAAAGGAGAAUCCAACCAGACCGGGGAGUCCUUGCUACCAGAAACAGCUCAGCUGUUGUCUUCACUCUCUUCACUUCAGCCCAAGAUAUUUGCACAAAUUCAGGGAUUACAGCUGCAGUCAACUUUUACCUCCACAAAUGGAUCAACAGCCCUGAUAGCUGUAAAUAACCAUUCCCCUCCUAGCCCUGCAAGUCUGCUGGAUUCCAUAGGGAGUGCAAUAACCAACCAUUCUCUAGUACUUAGUCAGGGACACAGUCUGCAAGCAGGUGCUGGCCUAACACAGCAUAGUGCUGCUGCCUCUGCUUUUGGGACUCCUCCUGGCUCUGAUCAGAGUCUGGUCACCAUGGGCCAGUUGGUAGCAGUUGGAGGGGUAGAUGACUCCAGAAGCCUGGAAAGAGGAGUCCAUCAGAUUCUCCUGGGAGAUGUACAUGCUAUUCCUGUACGGAUUGUGGACAGCCAUCCAGCACUUACUGAAGAAAAUACAGAGGGUGUUAUCUGUGUGAGCCAAGUUAAACAAGAGCCAAGAGAAAAAGCAUUGUCUAUGGAGCCAGAUAAAAUCAGACUGCUGUAGUUCCUCACCUGUUUAAAUCUGUGAAGCCUGGAAGGAUUUUUCAAAUCGGAGAACUCUAAAUGUCUUGGAAGGAAAGGCGGGUGCUCUCAAAGUAAUGCCAUUCUUUUUAAGUCAUAUUGUGACAUUCAGAUUAGGUGUAUUUUACACUAGUUCUGACAGACAGCUGUUUUGGUUUAUGACUGAUGUGGCUCACUGCCAAUUCCAGGUCACUCGGUUGCCCAGUGGAACACUGUCUCUCUCUUCUAUUUCAAGUUUUGAGUAAUUUGGAUGCUAUCCAAAUGGCCCAUUUUGGUCGACAUUUCUGAAGGUCUUCCACAAUUUAAUUCCUUAGCUUUAGAAUGUGGAUCACAAUGCUGGGUUUGCUUUUCUCCUUGAGACCCUCGACUGUUAUGGCACUACAGAGACCAUAGAAUCUGCCAGCUCUAAGACCACAGAAUCCAACAGCAAAGUGUAUCAAUACAGCAAUGGGUUUGUGACAAAAUGAAGGUCCAAGAUGCUAAAUUUCAAAGUGAUGAAGGACAUGGAUGCUUAAGAAAAUGCAACUUUGACCUGAUCAUAAUGUUAAUGGUGUGAAGAUCAAGGAGAGGAGAAAGUGACGGUCUGUGUUGUGGUUAUGGGUGCUCAUGGGGAGAAAUACAAGAGUUGCUUGAGCACAGUGGUUUCUGGGGAUGAAGGAGAACAAGUAGGACAGCUCCAGGGAGACCAGGUGGAAGAAGAUCCUGAAGGUCAGAAGCUAUCCAGCAGGUUUAUCCAACAAGCAUCAACUAAGCUGUUCUUUCUGCUUGCCCACUCAAGAAGUUGUACAAGCCUGCAAGGGACAUGGAGAUCAUGAAGAAAGUGUGUAAGAUCUUAUGGGAGGAACUGUAUGAAUGGAAUGGAGGAGAUUAAAGGUUGAUGACAUGACUUCCAUAAAGCCCACAUUCUUUGGUGGGAGGAAGAGGAUUUUUCAAUAGCGAAUAAAAAACAGGAAGCAUUCCAAACUGUCCUUCAAAACCACCACGUUCAGAGCCUCAAAGGAUCACUUACCUCUGAGAGUACUCCAGAUAACCGGCAAGAGACCAGAACAGAGAACAGAAGAGGAAGUGAAGCUUGUAAAAAGCUGCUUGCAGGAGGUCGAAAGCUCUCAAAGUUACAGCUCAAGAUUGCAGUUUCUUCUGGCUGAAGUGGUUCACUUUUAAAUGUGCACUAGCUACCUUCUGAAUGCAAACUGAUGUAACAACUCCAUGUUCUUGGCUGUUGACAAAGCUGUUACCGCAUCUAACGUGUUUUGUACGUGGAAGGAGAUGGAGAAAAUGGGAACCUUCUUGACCUUUUUACUUCUGCUGAGAACAGAUGAUCUGUGGAAAGGGGGCUUUACCAGUUUUAAAUCAGUGUCUUCACAGUAAUUUGGUGGGUGCACAGGUUUUUCAUGUCAGGUUCUAGUGCAUGUUGAACUUUGAACAUAAUAUAAGACAUAAAAUUACCUCUCCCUGGCCUCCCUAUAUUAUUUUUUGUCUCCUACCACUGUACUCAUACUCAGCACUUUAUGGGAGUGGGGGAAUUGUUUUAACACAUUCUCAUCUACCACUUUUCUGCUCACUUUUCUGCCUUUCUCCCAUUGCCUUUCUCUCCCAUCCAGAGCAGCACAGAAACAAAAAUUUCUCUUUUUAAAAAACUGCUCUAUUAUCCCCAGUUUCCCAUGUUUGGGGAUGAAUUUCCUCUCUGCUUUAUUGUGCUGGAGGUUGAUUCCUUGCAUGACUGAAAUGUAAGAUGCCAUUAUGUUUUGCCUGAGGAGGAGGAGUGUUGUGGUUUAACCCAGCAGGCAGCUAAACACCACACAGCUGCUCACUCACUU